UGGUCCGCUGGAUAUGUGACGUGUUCAUGGGAAAUGGCCACGCAAGCGAAAGGAAUCACAGAAGAACGUUGAAAUCAUCUUUGUCCAGCUUCAAACUGUUGAAUAGUGACUUUUGAGGCUUUCAUUUAUGAUCCAUAAGGUAUAUUUAUAUUAAACCGAACGGUGCAUUUCGGGAAAGCCGAACAGCUUGUAGAGAAACUAUGCAAACAUGUUGUGGUGGCUCACUCAGGGAGCUAACCUGCAGCACCUAGCCUGGGGAAGGCUGGCACCCAGCGCCGAUGUGACACCCUUUUCAAAAUGACACGAAGAAGUGGAUCCGAGUGGGUUGGGAACUGUUCGUGCUAGGCUACAGACACACACAGGGCGACAGAACGGAGGAUGUGACCCACGUCCCGGGGUCGAGCAGGUAUCGCGAUGCCUCGUCUGGAAGAGGUGGCCAACGUCGCCCUGCGGGUGCCCAGCCUUCUCCUGCUGGACAUGCUGUUCAAGUGUGACGUCGACGGCGUCACGGAGCACAUCAGGGCCAAGAACGAUGACAUGCUGUUCAAGUACAAGUAUGUCAUCUGGAACAUGUACUACCUUGGUCACCUGGUGAAUGUGUGUGUGUUGGUUCUGCCUCUUCGUCACAUCGUAACGCUCUACCUCCACAUACUGGCUGCCCUGCUUCUUUACGUCGGACACCAGAUCUCCAAGGACUACGUGAACGAGGAGGUGCUGAACGGCUACGGGGGGUCGCUGUACCUCGACGCUGCGGCCUUCCAAAGAUUCGUCACCGCACUGACAAGUCUGAUUAUUCUCAACACGUUGUGUGCCUUCCUGAUGAAGACCAGAAAGGUCUGGCUGUUUUCCGCCCACCUGCUCCCCCUGCUGGCCAGACUGUGCGCUGCGCCGCCCGACGUGCUUCUGCUCGUCAGCUCGUCCUCCGUGGCUCUGACCGGCGUGGGCAUGGCUGUCUUCCUCCUCUCCAACCUCUUUGUGCCCUAUCGCCUCGCACGGGCCGCCUACUCUGAGCUGCUCCGGAUGGAGGUGGUGGAGCUGUACCGGCUGGUCGCCGUGGCGAUGUCCCUCUGGAACCAGUUUGCGGUGCCGCUGCUGUUCAGCGUCUUCUGGAUGGUUCUGUUCGUCGUGCAGCUGGGGUCCGACGUCAUGGCCGCCCGCGGCACGCUCACGUACCAGGGGGUCCUGUUCCUCCUGCUGUCCAGUGUGUCAGAGUGCUGUGCCACACCCUACUCCCUGCUGGGCCUCGCCUUUGUGGUGUCCUACUUGGCCCUGGGCCUCCUCAACCUCUGCAAGUUCUACCUGGGAGGCUACGCAGCAGUGCUGAAUGAGAACGUCAUGCACAGAGGGGUGACGGAGGGCGUGACCCUGUUCCUGCUGGCGCUCCAGACGGGGCUGCUGGACAUGCAGGCCCUCCAGCGCACCUUCCUCCUCAGCAUCAUCCUCUUCAUCGUGCUCACCUCUACGCUGCAGUCCAUGAUCGAGAUCACCGACCCGGUCAUCCUGGCGCUGGGCGCGUCACGCAACAGGAGCUGGUGGAAACACCUGCGAGGGCUGAGCAUGUGUCUCCUGCUGCUGGUGUUCCCUGGCUUCAUGGCCUAUAAGAUCUCCCAGUUCUUCCACAUGGACUUCUGGCUCCUGAUCCUCGUGUCCAGCUGCAUGCUCACCUCUCUCCAGGUCACCGGCAGCCUGCUGAUCUACUCGCUCUUCAUGGCGGAGCUGUUCUGCCGCGAGCCCAUCGAGAGCCUGGACGAGGUCAUCUACUGGGUGAACGCCGUCAGCCGCGUGCUGGAGUUCGUGGUGGCGCUGUGCGUGGUGGCCUACGGCGCCUGGGAGUCGCUGUUCGGCGAGUGGAGCUGGAUGGGCGCCUCGGUCAUCAUCAUCCACUCCUACUUCAACGUGUGGCUGCGCGCCCAGUCCGGCUGGAAGAGCUUCCUGCUCCGGCAGGAGGCGGCCAAGAAGAUCAACUCCCUGCCGCGGGCCACGCCGGCGCAGCUGCAGCGCCACAACGACGUCUGCUCCAUCUGCUUCCAGGAAAUGAGCUCGGCGGUGAUCACGCUCUGCGGACACUUCUUCCACGGCAACUGCCUGCGCAAGUGGCUCUACGUCCAGGAGACCUGCCCCAUGUGCCACCAGUCGGUCCGGCCCGACGCCACCGCCCAGAGCCCCGCCCCCGAGGGGGAGGGCGACGGGGUUUGGGUGGAGGGGGAGUGGGAGGAGGAGGAGGUGGAGGGGGAGUGGGAGGAGGAGGAGGAGGAGGUGGAGGGGGAGUGGGAGGAGGAAGAGGAGGAGGAGGAGGAGGUGGCCCCACCAGAGGAAGGGCUAUUCGGGAACCAUGGCAACGAUGGCGGUGCUGCAGAGGAGAUCUACGAGUAUCCUCCGGAGAGGGAGGAGGAGGAGGAGGAGGAGGAGGAGGAGGGAGCUGGCAGCGACGGCGACCUCCCUGCCAACGACUCUUCCCGCGAUGACCUCAACAUGGAGGCCGUCCAAGGCCUGUGCUUCAGCUCCAGUGGGGACUUUGUGGGCUACGCCACUCCAGCUGAUCGCGUGUUCCCGUGGGGGGACCGGCUCCCGGUGUCCCCCGGGGACGGAGCUCCGGCUGGAGGUGAGGUGAGGUGGGGGGAGGGCAGAGGCACGCUGUCUGCAGAGGGAGACGGGCUCGCGGACACAGACGAUCCACCGCCGCCAGCGCCGCCGCCGUCGCUGUUAUGGUGGACCCUGGCGAACAGGAAGUGGAGGAGGGUUGACUAGAGCGGGAGAGGAGCCGACCAUCUGCGGACCGCCACAUGAAUGCUUCCUCUUGUGCUGCGCGGCCGGACAGAGCUGUGGGCUGAGGAGCAGACUGCAGUACUGUGUGGAGCGUGGUGAAUCCCAGUCCGUCAAAGGCAGAUACUGAAGGAGAGAGAGAGAGAGAGAGAGAGAGAGAGAGAGAGAGAGAGAGAGAGAGAGAGAGAGAGAGAGAGAGAGAGAGAGAGAGAGAGAGAGAGAGAGAGAGAGAGAGAGAGAGAGAGAGAGAGAGAGAGAGAGAGAGAGAGAGAGAGAGAGAGAGAGAGAGAGAGAGAGAGAGAGAGAGCAUCUGAAAGAUUACCAUGCAUUAGAUAUUCCCCACUUGUGCAAAAGAGCUCUGAUGUGACUUAAAAUGGCGUUGCCUGGAGAGCUACGACGCCAUCGCUCGCUCCCUUUCCUGCACAAGCACAGAGGAACGUGGCCCGGGCCUCAGUGCCCUUGAGGGUGCGAUGGUGUCAGCAAACCGUGGACCAGACCUCGGUUGGUCUUCUGUCUUGUGAACUAAUAGGGAAGUAAUGUGUCCCUCCUAACGAAUGUGCUCCAGCAGUCCAUGAAACGUUGCUGGAUUUAAUUUGCAGGCAAUAAUGUCUCGGUGUCAAAAUCGAUCGUUGAACUGUUGUUGAAAGCAGUUCAUGAGGCAGUUAUAUAUUAACACAGUCUAAACUUGUGGAAAUUAAAGUAUUUAAUUUGUUUGUCUAA